AUGCAUAUAUAUUUUAUUUAUUAGACAAAAUUAGUUGAAAUGGAUCCACCUACACCAAAAGACUUUUUAUAUCAUCUAACCCAAGGAAAUUACCAGGCCGCACUCGACCUAGCCAAUGAACUCAACCUAGAUAAAGACAUUGUCUACAAAUCUCAAUGGGACAAUCUUGACAAAAAAGUCAUUUCAUCCAAAGAUAUUCAACUACUCGAAGCCGUUCAAGACGAUGCCUGGGUUAUUGCUCAAUGCCUAGAAACAAUUGCAAACCCGUGGCAAAUCGAACUUCAGAUUCUCAACUUGGGAAACACGCGCGCUCAAGAAAGAACCCAACCGAUUAUUUCAGAUUGGGAAUUCAAUCCGGAUGAAACCGUGAUCACCGACCAAGACAAGGUUUGGUUACGCUCUCGACUUUAUUUCUUAAGGUAUCUGGACAGGCUGUCGACAUUUGUAAAGAUCUGGUCAAACAGCCCCGAGACCCAAAAGACAAACUCUUUUGCAGAAAGCUAUGGACAAUUCCGCGACUGCAAUCUCAUUGCACAGGCUAUUGACUACGCCAGAACAGAAAAUAAUAUUGGUCUUGAUGCCAUAUUUAUGCACCACGGCCAAGAAGUCUUGCCCCAGCGUCUCUUUAUUCUCUCUCAGAUUCCAGAAACUGCUGAUCCAAGUCGCUUCGAUUUGCCUCACGUUUCAGUCGACCAUGAAGAUCGUUGGAUAGAAGAACCUUGGAGACCAGAAAAAGAUCCUGUCGAAUCAGAGGCCUUUUCGAAUAUUGAUCAGCUAGUUCCGGACCAUAUCAAUUAUCUCUCUCGAUUGCAACAAAGUAUCCAGUCCACCGAGUAUCCAACAUCUGCAAAAGUCAUUGCCCAAUGGUACAAAGAUCGUGCUCACGCCAUGGAUAGCGUUGGCCUGUCUAGCCAAGCCUUGGAGCUUAUUCGAUAUGCACAAGUCAUGGGUGUGUCUAGUUUAGAAGAUACGGCAAAUGACUAUGAGUGGUUGUGCAAGUAUGUUUAUUCUUCGCAAACACUCACGCAAAACGAAGAUCAAAUCAUCACACUUGACCAAUUCAAACGCAUGGGGUCUUUUGAGAUUCUCGAAGGCCUGCUGAGUGACACGAACACUAACCGCAUUGUGGAUGACAUGAAACGCAUGGUACUCCCAUGGCUAGAGGUCUGCCGAAAGAGACAAUCAAUCGACACUACCGACACCAAAGACAACGACUAUGAAGAGGAAGACGAUGAACGCCCCGAGUUCCUGCUGUAUCGCUGGCUUCUAGAUGAAUCUACAGAACAUCUUUCAUGGUGUUGUCAAGUAUUUGAAUACUCUAAACCAUCCUUACCAGUCGAGGAACGGAUCAUCAAAGACGAGAUCGAUCUUUCACGGCUUGUCCUGGCUGUGGUAUACUCAAGCGAUGGUAGUAUGGAAUACCUGGUCCGUAUUUUCGAAUGCUUGCCAAUAUUUGAAACCGAAGACACCGAUCCUGUGGAACCUGUCAAUAUGGCCUCGCUUUUACCUUUGGCAGGAACACCUCUCGGUUUAUUUACUGCGCUUCAAUCGGUUGGACGGAAUGAAUUGACACCCAUUAUGGAUCUGCUCCAAACUCAUCUUAUGGCUGCCGAAGUCUUGGCUCGUUACCACGCCACAGUCCCAUUACGUUGGUAUCUGUCUGACCAAACAGCAGAGACACAGCGUCAGCUGUGUAUUCGCAUGGCAUCACAGGCAGCAGGUGGUGUUGAAUCAGGGGGUGCUCAAUUUGACAGAGACGACGAUUGGCGCGAAUUAUUGGAUGAUAUGCUUCGUCUGUAUGAAGAUGGCAAUGGAAUAUUUGGAAAGCUUGCUCCGGUCGAGAUCAUGGAGAUCUUUUAUAGCUCACUACUACGAUGUGGUCGGUUCAGGUUAGCGAACGAACUGAUGCUUGGCUCUACUGUUGGGAGAAUCAUGGAUAUAAACAAGGCUGAGAAACUUGUGAUUGAUGCUGAGCGAGAAUUCUUUGAUAAUGCAACUACUGGAAACAUGUAUGCAGGCAAUAUGAAGAUGGCAUUAGACUGCUUAAAGGUGCUCCCUGCUACCUCUGAAAUCAAGAAAGAAAUCGACCUGAUAGAGGCAACUCACGCACUAACUUCCGAGUACCGCAUUGCAGAUCGAUCUGGGAACGUUUUGAUGCCUAUACAAAUUCGCCAGGCAUCUAAUCGACUGGAUCUGAUCUCAAAACUUAUCAACACUCGUCAAGGAAUAUACCGACAGCAUGAGGAUGUUUUGAAGCUUACUCACAAACUAGGCUACCAAAACGACACGCUUGCUCAAGUCAAGGUACUUUCAAUGCUGGCUGGAGCAGCCUUGGUUGAUGAAGAGUACGAGACUUCGUUCAAACUAUGCCAGGCUACAGUCGAAAAAGCCCAACUGGACCUUCCACAGAAACCAAAAUCGUACAAAGAUGAGAUGAAGCAGGCUGCUUGGCAAAUCUGCUUCAACUUUGGCAAAAUGGAUGCUUACUGCGACUACAACCGACGAAUGGAUGCGUUGGCGAUGGCACUUGUGUUGAGUCCGGUCGAGUACGUGCAUGAUGUACUGAUUGUCUGGAGAAAACUAGAGCAGGAACGUGCAGCUAGUGGCUUACCUGUGGAUGAUCCAAUGUCGUUGGAUAUGAGCCGCUAUGAUGCACAGGCUCAGGAAAGCUAUGGCUGGAAUGGAUUGUUGCAGAACACCAAGAAACAUCAGUGGAGUUUGGGUGAUCUAUUGAAGGGUAGUGUACAUCAUGAUGAUUCAAGCUCAGGGAACGACAAGGGUAUAAAUGGAGUGCGAAAGCGAGACCAGUUACGAAACAUGGUUGGAGGUUGGCUUUUUUAAAAUACAUACAUAUAAGCUCAUAUAUACAUAUAUACAUAUAUCUACGUGAUGUAAUGAAAGACAAUUAUCAAGAGCUUGUGUAUGUGUGUAUGUACACUUGCAAAAAGUAAUAUACCACGAAUAUAACUACAUGCUAUGGUAGAGGAGACCUUAGUAAAGCAACAUACCUGAUAUUUUUGCCUUGAGAGUCUUGGGCAAGAAGAUUUGGACCUUCAGAACUGAAAAGUGUAUAUAUAUAUUGAAGUUUUCUUUUUCUCUAUUGGGGUAUUAGAAAAUAAAAUGGUCAAAAAUUGAGGCAAAGAUGUAGUAGAGAGGAUACUACUAUUUUUGUGUAGAAAUUUG